UAAUAUAAUGGGAGAAAGCUCAGACGAACAAAGUGAUCUUCUCCAAAAGACGGACGAUACUUGGACAAGAAAGGAUGGGACAAGAAAGGAUUGGACAAGAAAGGAUUGGAUUCUUCUUUUCUUGGGACUGCUCAUCAAUGUCGGGGAUGGCAUUGAGAUAUAUUUACCAGGUGUUUUAACACAAUAUGUGGCCUGCGAAAUUGGAGUUAAUGAUUGGCAGGAAGGAAUUUUGGGCUGCAUUCUUUAUUUAACAAUGGGGAUUACUACCUUUGCUGCAGCUCCCUUAUCUACUCGAUUCGGCCGACGAGAAACCAUCCUCCUGUCCCUCUACGGUAGUAUAGUGAGCACCAUCGUCUGUUCUGUGGCGGGGAACUACCUGACUCUCCUACUCUCAAGGGCCCUCAUCGGCUUCACUGUGGGAUUAAACAUUUCUGUCACCUACGUGUUUCAGGCCGAGAAAGCUAGCAGUAAGAAGAUUGUGAAUACUUUGAUACUGGUUAGCAGCUUAGGUUACUCUGUAGGCAGUAUCUGGAUUCCAGUUAUCGCGUAUUUCAGUCUAGAUCUGCUCGGCUGGAGAACUUUCCUGCUUAUCGCCUCUCUUCCAAUUUUCAUUCCUCCAAUUUUGAUCCUUCACAUUUUCUUAAAAGACAGCUCCAAUUUGGAAACGAUCACCCAAGCAGAACCAACUGAAAGUGGAGAAGUAGAAGCAGAACCAACUGAAGAUGGAGAAGUAGAAGCUGUGGAGGUACCAAAUUUCAAAAUGAGACUAUUUAAACUGUGCUUUUUUGCCAUCAUUAAUAGCUACCAAGGCUGGGGGACUAUUCUACUCUUACCUUCAUUGAUACGACUUUUCAACGUUAAAGAAGUUGGAGGAGAAGGUACCAACUGUGAAACAGUCACUCAAGGAAAUCAAUUCUUCCUCCUAGCAUUUGUCGCGGGAGCAGCAGGACUAGGAAGAAUUGCAUCCCCGAUCAUCAGGAAGAAGAUUAGAUUUAGAAUUUUGUACACCUCGCUUGCCGUGCUAAUUUUAGCCAGCUACACGAUGUUGCUGCUUAUCGAAGAAAACCUAAUCGUUAUUGUGGUCACGACAUUUUUAGGGAAGUUGGUAUACGGGAUGAUCUCGAUGGAAAAGAAUUACAUAAGCUACGACGUUCGAUAUUUCGGAAAAAAUGGGAUGGCUAUUGGAUCUGGCUUAAUGCAAGGUGCAGGUUCGAUGGCAGCGGUAGCAGGCACCGCUUUGGUUUCUUUUGCUUCACCUCAAAUUGCUAUCAUCGCUGGCUUGGUGCUAAGUGUUGUUCAGAUCUUAGUAGUAAAUUCUAUGGAAGAGCAAGACCAGUGGUAACCAAACCGGAAACUUUGGAAAUCCGAUUUAAAACUAAGGGCAGCCUUUAUAAUUACAUUGGCAUUGCGAUGGUAGAAAAAACAGUGGAUCGACUUCGACACAGCGAAUUAUUAAAGACAACAACAUUUCAAUUUCAUGCAUGAUAUAAGUGAUAAAUUUGUAAGUAUUUUUAACUCUUCAACUACAUUGUAUUGAUGUUCUAAAUAACUUAAGGGUCGUUCACAUAUUACGUAAUCAAUAUUUUAGCACUUUUCUCAUACAUGAGCAGUAUGAAAAACAUGGAACGCCUCAUUUCUCAUAAAAUCUCGGAACAAGCAGCAGCUAAUUUUUAAAAGGCCUAACUCAAGAUUCCACCCCAAAAUUAAAGUCAUCAGGCGAUCCUACGAUGAUUCUGGAAAUUUCAUGAAAAAAUGUUGAAAUAUUGAGUUGUAUUGUUUUGAGCGCAAUCAGUUGCGUAAAUAUCGCGAACUGAGAUAUGGGCGAUUUUGUUCAUUUUUUGCGAGUAUUUGUCAUUUGAACACGAUUCAUAUUAGACCAAUUUAUGGGCCAAAUCGAUCAAAUUUGGUGCGUAUGCCCAAAUAUGGGCAUAUAGUUUUUAGCUUAUAAAAUUCAUGUACGAGUUCAGGGGACCAAUUAUUAAUUAAUUAAUUAAAUAGCUAGAAGUAGAGCACCUAAAAUCUGGGUUUUGGGUUUGUUCAUGGUAUUUGGCUAAAUUGGGCCUAAUUUGGUCCAAAUAUGGGCGUGGCAGCCCCGCGGGCCGUGUUGGGCAGUUGGAGUCCGAGACCCCCUUUAAAGUUCUCCCCUAAAAUUCGGUCACCGGUCCUAGUUUGUUGGUCUAUCUCUAUUUAUGUAAACUUUUAGCUUUGUAAUUUUAAUUUUAGUUCCUACCUCAGUUGUCACUGAUGAUAUCAUGGUUUUGUAUCAUGAUUGAAACAUUUGUCUGACUC